GCAGGCAGAACAGCCGAGAAGACAGAAAAGGACACACGCACUUCCAGUCCCACUCUGAAAUAACGGAUUAGCCAGAGACAUAGCAAGGCAGACGGUGAUUAUUAGGCUUCUACAUCUCCAUUCAAAACAGGCGCUUUACUAGUACAUACAAAUCUCUUUUAUAAGAACCGUGAGGAAUCUCGUCCUGGAAUAUAAUACAUUUCACCAUCCAGCAGUUUGGAAAAAAAACAAACAAUGCUUUGUGACUGCGACAACUAACUGACAAUGAUGACAUACAGAGGCAAUGACAGAAAAGAGCGACUGAGCCUCUCUCUUUUAUUUCAUCUGUCUCUCCUCUCUCUUCUCUCCUUCCAUGAGAAUCUGAGCCCGAUAAACCUUAACGAUUCUCACUCACCACGCGACCAGCGUCCGUCAGUAGGGUCACCUUCGGAAUUAACGCGGGCUUCUUGUGGGCGUGAGUGGCGUGCGUUAGAGUGAGUGACCAAUAGCCUUUUGGAGAGAGAAAGAAGAGAGAGUCUGGAUAUAAGCACGAUCCAACCCCCCAGACAGCAACAGAAGCAGCAGCGGGAGCCGGUCCUCCAGAGUAGCCGCCUGGACUCACCCCCAGUCCCGCAGCCCCAUGCAGGAUGCCCGGGGGGGAGCGCUGGUCCUGGGGUGUCCUCCUGGUCCUGCUCAGCCAGAGUUCAUGACACCCUGGGCGGCUUCAUCAUGCGUCUCCUGCCUGCUCCAAGCUCCCAAUCCCUCCGGCUACUCUUUCUUUUUAUCUUCGUGAUGGGGGUUGCCCCUUACCCGGCUCUCACUGCAGGAUGCCCAGACAGGUGUGUGUGUGACGACCAGCUGGUGGUCCAGUGCGCUGGGCAGGAGCUCACCCUCUUCCCCAACGACCUCCCUCUAGCCACCCGCCAACUCAUCAUCUCCAACAACCACAUCGGAGAACUUCCAGCAUUGCAACUCAACUACCUGUCUGAUCUGGUCUACCUGGAUGUCAGCAACAACACCCUGAUGGAGAUCUCCGAGUCCACCUUCGGGAAUCUCCGAAAGCUGGCCUAUCUUGACCUGUCCUUCAAUACACUAACCCAGCUUGAGGACCGGACUUUUGGACCAUUGUCAAGCCUCGUGAUGCUACGGCUAACAGACAAUCUGGGGCUAAAUGAGAUCCACCCGGACGCGUUCUCAGAAAAUAUUGCUCUGCAGGUGCUGGAUGUGAGCAGGAACAACCUGACGACGCUGAACAUCAGCUCUCUGAUCGCCCUGCCUUCCCUGCGCUCCCUGGGGCUCAGCGGGAACCCCUGGAGAUGUGACUGUGAGACGGAGGACCUCUGCCUCUGGGUCCAGAUAGAGGGAUUCAAGUUCCAAGAUGAGGGUCAGACAGUGUGCCAGGGGCCUCCGGAAGUGUCUGGGCAGCGGCUGGCUGAGGUGGGCAUGCAGCUGAGGGCAGACUGCCACCAGGGCCUGGGUUACUGGGACUAUCUGUUCUUUAUCGCUAUUGGCUUUGUCAUCUUCAGUGCUGGCACCGUGUCGGCAUGGGUGAUGGGUGUCCUCAUGGUGCUGUACGAGAGAUACAACAAGAGGAAGGGGGAAGACAUGGACAGUGAUGAUGAGGAGGAGAGACAUAUGGGCGGAGGGAUGAUGGGGGGAGGGCAUCAGGGGAACGGGGAUCUGAAUAAGGCUGGCAUGCAGGUGUGA